UAGAACAGCAACCUCAAUUGGAAAAAAUUUAAGUAAAUUAAAAACUUAUCUUUUUAAUUAGGCUUAUAAUUUGGGGCAUGAUGUUAACUUUAAACACAAGGGAAAUACUAUUGUGUACAUGGAGCGGAACGUUACGGUGAACGAAGCCUUUCCACACGGACCUGAGCAGCGUGAACACCGGUGUGCAACAUGAAAACAGACGCGGCAAACGCUACACAUCUUCAAGAAAAGUGUAUCUUUUUUUUAUUAUAAUGUUUCUUAAGUUAUAUGAGCAGGUUUUGGUGAAUUCAUAACCAAGUAGUAGGUGACAAUGCAACGCCUCUAAAAACCAACGAAAAGAAGAAAAUAAAAAUAAAGUAGAGAUCGAAGAAGAAGGAAAAUAUAAGUCCUCUUUAUACAUCACCGAUACCGUCUCAGUCAUCAUGGCGGACAUAUUAACGAGUGUUUUUAGGACUUUUAUGUCUCAAACAGACAAGGAUGUAACGGUGGUUCCACAUUCAGCUUGUAGUGCUCUGUUGCCAGGAGACAGCUCCGUCAGCAGCUCGGUGCUGUUGCUAGGAGACAGCUCCAUCAGCCGCUCGUUGCUGCUGCUGUCUGCGGUGAUGGCGGCCUCUGAGCUGGGGGUGAGGGUCGUGUUCUUCACCCAGACUCAGAUCCAGAGCCUCCCGGUGUCUCUGCAGAAAUGUGUCCCCAGCCCAGAGAGUCUCAAGAAAAUCAAGUUUUCCUAUCCCAGGACGUUGGGGGAUCUGCUGCAGCAGGUGGCCGGCCUCCACGAGUCCCAGAACACGUCUCCCACCCCCCCGUCUCUAAUCAUCGUGGACAGACUGGAGGGCUUCCUGGGGGGAAACCACAGUGAGGAUCAGAGCAGUGCUGCACAUCUGUCAGCGCUGCUCUGCGACACUUCCUCCUUCCUCACACACAUCCUGAAACAGCGCUCCCCUUCCUCCGCCCCCUGCCGCCUCAUCGCCUCUUUCAGGUCGGACGUGGACUCUGAGCACGCCGGCGGGGAAUCCUCCGCCACGGAUCCCAUCCUGGACGUUCUUGAUCGGUAUUUCCAGAUGCGCUGUACUCUGGAUCGGGACCGGAGCUACGAGGCUGCAGCAGCCGGACUGAAGGAGCUGUGGAACGUUUACCUUUCUGCCACCGGCAUCACAGAGGACGCCUGUACCAAAGAGAGAGAGGACAGACCGGCUGCAGCCCCUAAAGAGUGGAAGCUGUCAAUCUCCCCUGAUGGUUCAAUGGAGUUUAAAAUGGCCUAAACAUAUUUGUAUCAAAGACUGUUGCAUUGUGGGAGAUGUUGAAAAUUGGUUCGUUCACUCAGCGAUGUUUUUUCUGUGAAAGUGUUCCUUAUUUUAGCUCCUCAGGCCUUACAUGUUGCAGUGAACAUGAGAUGUAUAGAACAAAGCCUUUGUUACCAUAACAUCAUUAUUAUAUUAUAUUUCGUGCACUGAAUGACUUACACUUGUUAUGUUUAUUACAUAUUCUCUAUUUAUGUUUUUUUUUUCAUUCUAUAAUGGAGAAACUGUCAAGAAACUUAAUUCCUACCAAAAUAAAUAAAGUAU